CACCAUUUGCAACUACUCCAACAACCUCACAACGGCAAUAAUGAAGCGCAAAUUGGAUGCCAAUGAUGUUCCCGCGCCUGUCGCUGAGGUCGAAAGUCAGAAAAACGACAACACAUUCGCUGGGCUAGGACUCGACUCCCGAUUGCUCCAAGGAAUCACAAAGCAAAACUUCCAGACGCCAACAUUGGUUCAGAGCAAAGCUAUUCCUCUCGCAUUGGAAGGACGCGACAUAUUGGCAAGAGCAAAGACAGGAUCAGGAAAGACGGCGGCAUAUCUGCUGCCAAUCUUGCAUUCGAUACUGAAGAGAAAACUGACCUCCUCCACCCAAUGCACAUCUGCCUUGAUCCUCGUACCUACUCGCGAACUUGCCGAUCAAGUCCUGAAAGUCGUCGAAUCAUUCUCAGCAUUCUGUACGAAAGAUAUUCGGGCUGUGAAUCUCACCCAAAAAGUCUCUGAUGCCGUCCAACGAACCCUCCUUGCUGAUUCUCCCGACCUGGUAAUCGCGACACCCGCCCGAGCAUCAGUGAAUCUGAAUACCGCAGCUUUCUCGCUCGAGAGUCUCGCACAUCUAGUCAUCGAUGAGGCGGAUCUGGUAUUGUCAUACGGUUAUGAUGAAGAUCUACAGAAUGUGGCCAAGAUAUUGCCGAAAGGCGUUCAGACGAUUCUGAUGAGUGCGACCUUGACGAGCGAAGUUGAGACUUUGAAGGGCCUGUUCUGCAGAGAUCCAGUAAUAUUGAAGCUUGAGGAAGCCGAGGCGGAGGGAGAAGGUGUCAGCCAGUUCGUUGUAAAAUGUGCAGAGGAUGAGAAGUUUCUAUUAACCUAUGUUAUCUUCAAGCUGAAGCUGAUCAAGGGCAAAUGUAUAAUAUUCGUGGGAGAUAUCGACCGUUGCUACAGAUUGAAGCUAUUCUUGGAACAGUUCGGCACGAGAAGUUGUAUCUUGAACUCCGAACUCCCAGUCAACUCAAGGAUACAUGUGGUGGAAGAAUUCAACAAGAACGUCUACGAUAUCAUCAUUGCUUCGGACGAGCACGAAGUCUUAGGCGACGAAGACGAACCAAAAGAGGAGAAUGGCCAAGAUGAACCUGCAGCCACGAACGGGACGGAAGGCGAAGCCACGGAAAAGAAGGCAGAAACAGAACCACAACCCUCCAAAAAGAAGCGGAAGACGGCAAAGAGAGACAGAGAGUACGGUAUAUCGAGAGGCAUCGACUUCAAGAAUGUCGCAUGCGUCCUGAAUUUCGACCUACCCACUUCCUCAAAAUCAUACACACACCGCAUUGGACGGACAGCACGGGCUGGUCAGACAGGAAUGGCUCUGUCAUUUGUCGUACCAGCGGAGCUCUAUCGCAAACACAAGCCUACGAGUAUCGAAUCUGCAAAGGAUGAUGAGAAAGUCAUGGCAAAGAUUAUGAAGCAUCAGACGAAGAAGGGCAAGGAGGUCAAGCCAUACAAUUUUGACAUGAAGCAAGUGGAGGCAUUCAGAUACCGAAUGGGUGAUGCGCUACGAGCUGUCACUGGUAUCGCUAUUCGAGAAGCCCGGACUCGCGAAUUGAGACAAGAAUUGAUCAAGAGCGAGAAGCUGAAGCGUCAUUUCGAGGAGAAUCCAGAAGAUCUCCACCAUUUGCGACAUGAUGGAGAAUUGCGACCUGCGAGGGUACAGUCACAUAUGAAGCAUGUUCCGGAGUAUUUGUUGCCAAAGGAAGGAAGGAAAGCUCUAACAGCGGAAGUGGGAUUUGUGGGUAUCCGCAAGACGACUGAGAAUCGAAUCAGAAAGGCUAGGGCGGUAAACAGGGCGAAGGGAAAAGGCAAGAAGGCCGGUGCGCGGAAGGUGGAUCCUCUCAAGACCUUCAAGGGCAAGGUGCGGAAAUAGGUUGGUGUAAAAUAAUGAGAUACUACCUCCUCGCCAGACAUGACGGCCCUUCCCCGUGAUAUGUGGAUAGCAGAUUAAGGUGAGCUGUGGUCGUAAGAGUUUUGUUUGCAUACAGGUUUGGUCAAUAUCACCCAAAACUGCCCCUUUUUCGAAUCACGACAGUCUUCGAUUGUCAUCAAUUGCAACAUUGUACUGAACCUCUACCCGAACUAAGGC